CUUCUAUUGAACCAUGUGGUUGACACAGAUGGCGCUAUUUAAAUUCAGUAAAAAUCUAAGUCAACUUUGAUUUUUUGACGAGUCACAUACAAGUCCACAAUGAAAAGAAAAGGAGAAGAGGCAGAAGAAGUUGAAAAGAAAAAACUCAAGAAGAACAAGAAAGUUAAGAAAAAGGAGAACAGCCAACCUACAGAGAAGGGUGAUAACGUGGAAAGUUCUUUUACCAGCCCAGAGAAAAAGAAGAAAAAGAAAAAGGCUGAAAAAGAAAAAGUAAAGAAGCAGAAGAAGGAAUCUGAAAGCUCACAAGAAAACUCGCAUGAAGAAGACAAGAAUACAGGGAGUUCCCAAGAGGAGGAUGCUGCCUCAACAUGCUGGUUUGAGGAUGACAUUGAAGCCCUUCUUGAGAGCUUAGAGAACAUGGAAGAACAUGCAGAUUUCGUCUGUAACAAGGUCCCUUCCGAGGUCUGGUCAUCGCUUAGGGUGGGGAACCACUCACCCGAGUCAUGCCACAAAAUCUGGAAUAAAAUCUGCCAAGUGGUGAAGACACAUUUAACAAUUCAUCAUGUUCUGAUGAUCAUGAAAGACAUGAUGCACUCCAAAAAGAUUAUGAAGUUGCUUGUUUCUAAGAUUCCCGGUGCUCCAACAGUUAAAAUAAUCAGUGGAUAUCAAUGCUUCACCAAGGAAAGGCUUGCAGAGACUCCUCCACGAUCAUUUAAAGAUAUUGGUGCAGAAUGGAAGGCUCUAUCUGACUCGGAGAGAGGCCGGUAUCAGGAGAAGGCAGACAAGGCUAAUAAAGAAACAAUUAAGAAGCAAGAAGAAUUCCUUCAAAGCCUUAGUGAAGAAAUGAAAGAAAAGUAUUUGGAGCAGACAAAAAGAAUAGGGCAGAAGCAACCCAGCAAGUCCAAAUCACAGAAAGAGUUUGCUGAUGCACCAAAGUCUACCCAAUCAAACAGCUACCAAGAGUACACAAAGGAGCGCUUCGCAGAAGAUCCUAAUGUCACCUUUACGGAGAUUGCUGCCUCCUGGAAAACCAUGACCGAGGCUCAAAAAAAGCCCUACCAAGUCAGGGCAGUAAAGAUCAAUGAAGAGGCCAAGAGGGAAUUAGAAAAAUACGUCAAAUCUCUCACAGAUGAAGAACAAAUGAGGUUCUUUAAAUCCAGAAAGCUGACGGAGAAACCGAAAGCCAGAGUUAAGAAGGAGAAGAAGGCAAAGGGCCUCAGCCAGAGGGACUUUAAGAAAGCUGAGCUGCAGUAUCUGAAGGAGGAGAAAAAAAUCGCCAUCAAAGAAAACCCCGACCUCGAGGAAGAGGAAGUCCUCAAGAGACUCUCGGAAGCUUUCAGGAGCUUGGACUAUGAAACUCAAAAAUCGUAUUGCCGUAAAGCUGAAAUAUCGCUACAGGAACAGAAGAAGAUUACAGAGUUCUACAAGAAUUUUGAGUCACCUUUGGCUAAGAAGAAGUUGACCUCUUUAGGAACACCACCUUCACAGAUCAAGAGCUCUAGUAAAAAGGACUCCACUACUAGUGAAAGUUCUGACUCUUCUUCUGAUGCUGAGGAAGAAAAGGUAUCUAAAAGGAAGCCUCCGGUUUUGGUGCUGGGGAAGAAAGCUGAGACAGACAGUGACUCCUCGUCUGAGGAUGAGAGGUCAGGGAAACCCGUAGUACAGUCCCCAGUAAAAGGGAAAGUGAGGGACAAAUCUUCAGAUAGUGACAGUAGCAGUUCUUCUAGUAAUAUAAAAACAGGUACAAACUUGAACAUCUCUCCAAAGAAACCAGUAUCAAGCAGAAAAAAUGUGGCAAAGGUGAAAAAUGUUAAGAAAGAAAGUUCUAGUUCCGACAGUGACAGCUCCUCAGACGAAGAGCCAAAAACCACAGGAAGGCAGACAGGGCCAUCAUUAAAGAAAGCUCCAGUAAAUAAAAAGCCUGAAUCCUCUAGUGGGAGUAGCUCAUCUGAGGACGAGGCAAACAAGACACAGAAAAAACACCAAGCUCGGUCUUCCCCUACAAAAAAAGUGAUGUUGAACGACAAGAUGGCGGGAAUGUCUUCCCCAAGGAAGGCUACAAUAGUAAAAAAGCCUGAAACCUCCUCAAGUGGGACUAGUUCGUCUGAAGAUGAGGCAAACAAGACACAGAAAAAAACCCAACCUCUGUUGUCUCUAACAAAAAAAACGACAUCAAGUUUAAAGACACCCACAAAAUCUCCCAAGAAACUGGUUAAUUCUGAAGGGAAAAAGAAGUCGAACGAUGACAGUAGUUCUGAUAUGUCUGAUGUUCUCCCGCUGACUCAGAGCAGCAGUCCUAAGAAGUCUGCCAAGAGACCCCCACCCCCCUCCUCCUCCUCCAGCGAUUUGUCAUCAAGUGACAGCUCCUCGGAGAGUGACGACGGAAAAACAGGAAGUCAGAAGCAAUCUGGGCUCCCAAAGACACCUCAACACACUCUCAAGACAUCACUGAACACCUCAAUGAAGUCCAUUAGUACUCCAAGUAGCCUAAAGACUCUCAAGAAGAAGCAGAAAUAAUGGGGCACCCUCAAUACAAAGCUUGUAUUAGAGUUCUAGUAAACAGAGUACCAGUAUAUGAUCACAAGAGUUUGACUGACCUGAUGUCAGAGAGUAUUGUUAACUCGGUGCUGAAUAUUGUUACCUGGGUGCUGAAUAUUGUUUACUGGGUGCUGAAAGUACAUGUACAAGAUCAGAAUUGACCAGAUGUUUAGCUGAGAGGUCUGUAAUGGUGGCAGACAUGCAGGAAUAUGUGGUCAUGUUAGAUUCAACAUAACCUUGUUAUUGUGUCCUUUGGACCAAUGUGUGUAUACGUAAUCUGUUGGUUAUGUGGUAAAAGAUUGCAUUAAUGUGUAUGUGCAGGUCUUCAUAUGAGUAUUUAAUGGAAUAUAAUAUUUGUAAACUCUUAUCUACAUUUUAAUAUGUAAACACACAACUCCAGAAAUGUUUAAGAUUUACACCUUACAGGUUGUUGCUCUGUGCACUAAGUGUUGAAAAGGUGAAUGUUUAUUAAUUUUAAUGAUUUUUGAUAUGUUUUUAUUUAUGAUGGUGAUUGUAAUGUAAAGUAACAAAGCAUGAUGAUGUUCAUUCAAUUGUUAAGAAUAUCCAGUCUGUUUAUGUGUCGGAACCAUGGGCAGCAUUAGUUCUUUCCUUUGAUCAUGUUAGGAAUAAAAUGUAGCCAGUA